AUGGAAUAUGCUGCCAACAGAUUACUGGACGCCGCUACUCAGCGCAUGAUCCACGCUGCUGCGUUCUCCAGGGCAUCCACUCAAGCAUGCAGCGUUCUCACAGAUCUCCUUGUCCGUUAUAUAUCUCUGCUCGCUGCAACAACCGGCAAAUACGCGGAACACGCAGGCCGCACCAAUCUCACCAUGGCAGAUGCUCUUUCUGCUCUCGAAGAAUUGGGAUCGGAGUCAGAAGAUCUCAUCCAGUACAUGAGCGAGGCGAAAGAGCUGUCGCGAUAUGCGAUUUACUCGCUGCGCCGAGUCGAGGAGUUGCACGAGUUCAAAGCUCGCUUGGGCAAGCAUGCACGCGAUGACUCUUUCAUGCUGGAAUACGAACUCUACGAGGAUGCAAAUCUGUCUGAUGAUGAGGUCAUGGAUGAAGAGGAAGAAGACGCAGAGCCUCUCUCGACGACGUCGCGUGCUGUCGAUUGGGACGGGCACGUCCCGAGCUUUCUACCUGCCUUCCCCGAAGUCACUCCGGUAGCGCCAGAAUCCCCACGUCCCGACUCUCCUCAGCCCAUGCCUCCCACUGCCACUGUCGGGCUGCCCGGCGCUGCUGCAUUGCCCCAGCUCACGGCCACUUCAACUUCAGCUGCCGACUACCUGAUCCAAAUCCCAUAUGACGAGUCUUCACUAGCCGAAGCCGCCCAUUGGCAUUUACCUGCGCAAUCCAUGGAACCGUCCGACGCGCCCUCUGCUAUUGGUGCCAAUCCUUCUUUUGAUCCACCUAAGCUUGCCCUAUACAAAGCCUUUGUUCAUGCUCUCAGGCAUCCUCAGCGAGAUACGGGACCCUCAAAUCCAGCUCGCCAUCGCGUCUCAAUGUCGUUGCUGCAACUAACCCAGGUCGUUCCUCGUUGGGAUCUGCCUCCUUCGAUGUAUGCAUCGUCGGCGCCUGGGCCUCCACGCGCUUGGCCGAUUGUACCAACAUAUGCCAAGCCCAUGAACGAAGCCGAGGUUCCACGACGUUUUCUUCCUACCACUCGAAAUGUUGCAUAUCCUGAGCGCAUAGAACCCAUCGUUGGUUCGCAAGGUUCGCGCCUUCCUGAGCUUGCGCGGCAGGUGCUGCCUCCGACUAUCUACAACCGCUUGACGCGCAUAAAUCAUCCACCACCGCUGACUCGUGGUGCGAAGUCCCUAACGUAUGGCCCUGGGGUACCAGCACCGUGGAACGCGCCGGAUAACAAAGAAGAGAAUGCCAAGGACCGAGAUAGUCGGGAACCUAAAGUUGUGGAUGCCCGGGUCUUUGCAACCUGGGAAUACGAGGCGAAGGACUUUCGGAAUCCAAUACGAAAAUCUCGCGCACAGCCUCCUGGGCCGGGUCCAACUUCGAGGAGAAGUAAUCGCGCACAGUAG